AUGCAUAUCUAUGCUUCUUGUGGGUUGUGGAAAUUUGAUCCCCUUAAAGGAUGGGGAUUUGCGGUUGAUACGAACAAACGAGGUAGAGUAUUGUACAUGGAAUUGACAAGUUCCUUUGAAGACCUAAGCCGUAUGGUUUUAGAAGAUUUUGGAAUUGACCAAAACCUUGUCGAGCUUGAGUUAAGCUACUUACCUAUGGAGUUAAUCGGUUCAAUAGACUGUCCUCCAGUUAUCAUUGAGAGUGAUCGGCAAGUCAAAAAUUUUCUUACUUAUGUACGUGGAAAAACUUCUACAAGGUUGUGUGUGUCUACUUCACCUAUCAGUGGAAACAACAGCAACAUUGGGGUUGAUAAUGAGAAAUCUAGCUCGCCUAUCAGAGAACAAGGUGAACCUUCCUCGUUUCCACCUCGAGCUGACAGUGUUCGUUCAUCUGAAUCAAGCAAGGAUGUUGAAGAUAAUUCCAACUCAAACGCCAAUAAAGAAGAUGAUGUUCUCGCCAUUAAAGCAAAAGAAGACGAUAAUGGAAAAAGUGUUCGGUUUUCUUUGGUGGAUGUUGUGAAGAGGGGUGAAACGUUUCAAAACAAAACCAUGUUGAAAGCAACUAUGGAAAUGUCGGCAAUGACGCAUAAUUUCGAUUACAAAGUUGUGAAAUCUGACAGAAACCUUUGGUACAUCCGAUGCAAAUACAACCCUUGCAAAUGGAGUGUUCGAGCUGAGGGGUUAUCAGGUUCCACAUAUUUCAUCAUCAAAAAAUAUGUGGCGGAUCAUACAUGUGCUGCGUCGAGUAUGAAUAAUGGUGGUCGGACAGCUUCUGCAAAGACAAUUGGCAGUCUAAUAAUGCAUAGGUAUGAUGGUGUGAAAGAAGGUCCCAAAACAAAUGAUGUCAUACAGAUUAUGAGGAUGGAACAUGGAUGUGAGAUAUCUAAGUCCUUAGCAUGGGAUGCUCGGGAGUUUGCAAUUAGCAUGGUUAGAGGUAUUCCAGAGAAGAGUUUUGGAAAAAUUCCAAAGUACUUGCACAUGCUGAGAGAAGCUAAUCCAGGAACGCAUACGUUUUAUGAAACCGAUGUUGAUGGUAGAUUCAGAUUUCUCUUCGUUUCGUUUGGCCAAUCAGUACGAGGUUUUCAGACAGCCAUGCGACAAGUUCUUGUGGUAGAUGGGACAUUUUUGAAGAGCAAAUACAAAGGGGUCUUACUUGCUGCGACCGCUUUAGAUGGAAACUCUAACUUGUAUCCUGUUGCGUUUGCGGUUGUGGACUCAGAAAAUGAUCGUUCAUGGGAUUGGUUUAUGAGACAGCUAAAGGUUGUUAUUGCGGACGAGCAUUCUCUAGCUUUUGUGUCAGACAGAAAUGCCUCACUUUGUAAGGCAAUAGAGAAUGUGUAUCCUCUUUCUCAUCAUGGAAUUUGCAUCCACCAUUUGUUGAAUAAUGUGGUCACACAUUACAGAGGAAAGGGACUGGCUGGAUUAAUUGCAAAAGCUUCUAAAGCUUAUAGAGUCAUUGAUUUUCAGAAGCGAUUCCAAGCUGUCUGCAAUAUUAGUCCAGCUAUUGGAAAAUAUUUAACAGAUGCAGAUGUUACAAAGUGGGCUCGCUGUCAGUUUCCAGGAUUCAGGUAUGACAUCAGAACGACUAACCCAGCUGAAUCAAUAAACUCUGCUUUGCGCACACCAAGAGAGUAUCCAGUCAUUCCUUUGUUGGAUAGCAUCAGAGAAAUGCUGACCCGUUGGUUCUUCGAACGGCGCACACGAAGCAGGAAGCACACAAAACCAUUAACUAUUGCCAUCGAGAAAAAGAUAGACAGGCGGAUUAAUAAGGGUAAAACGUUUCUGGUUCAGCCAGUUGAUGAGUACCGUUUUUUGGUUCGCGGAGAUACAAUCGACUGCCUGGUUGAUUUGGAUAGAAGAACCUGCUCAUGUGGGAAAUACGACCUACUGAAAAUCCCAUGUAGACACGCAAUCAAGGCUGGUUUAACAGUUGGUCGAGCCCCAUCCUCACUAACGGAUGAAAUGUACACGACUUCCACUUGGAGAACAGCUUAUGAAGAAACUAUCAAUCCAAUAGGUGUUCCGGAGGAUAGUUGGGUUGUUCCAGAUGAUGUCUGGAAUGCUAAUGUGGAACCUCCUGAAUCAAGAAGAGGAGCAGGAAGGAGAAGAAAGCGCAGAUACGAGACGGUCGAAGACAAACUUCGUUCAUCGCAAGGAGCUGAAGAAAAGAAGAGGCGCAGAUGCAGUCGAUGUGGCGAAGAGAAUCAUAACAGAGCUACAUGCGACAGAGUGAUUUAG